CUAGAGUGGAAAUGGGAGAAUAUAGCUAUGGACUUCGUAGUAGGGUUACCGGCGGCGUCCAACAGAUUGGACUCCAUAUGGGUGAUUGUGGACAGACUCACCAAAUCUGCUCACUUCAUCCCUGUCAGGAGUGGCUAUUCUGUGGACAAGUUGGCACAGGUGUAUGUUGAUGAGAUCGUCAGGCUGCAUGGGGUUCCUGUUUCAAUAGUGUCCGAUAGAGGACCCUACGCAUUUCUUACUAAUCAGAAUGGAUUAUACAUUAGAAAAAAAGGUAAGCUAAGCCCUCGGUUUAUUCGUCCAUAUGAAAUAGUUGAGCAUGUGGGUCCAGUAGCCUACAGGCUAGCUUUACCUCCAGAGUUAGACAGAAUACACAAUGUCUUCCAUAUAUCCAUGUUAAGAAGAUACAGAUCGGACCCGUCACAUGUCAUUUCAGCAGAAACCAUUGAUGUACAAGCUGAUUUAACUUAUGAAGAAGAACCAGUGAAAAUUUUAGCAAGGGAAAUGAAAGAGUUAAGAAAUAAGAAGAUUCCCUUAGUGAAAGUGUUGUGGAGAAAUCACAAGGCAGAAGAAGCUACAUGGGAGAGUGAAGAAGUGAUGAAGCAACAAUAUCCACAGCUGUUCAAAGCAAGUAAAAUUUCGAGGACGAAAUUCAGUAAGAGGAGAAGAGUUGUAACAUCUUCAAAUCCAUAGCUAGAGUAGUUCCAUCACAAGGAAGGGUUAGGCUAUUUUACUACUAGAGUAAGUGGCAUUAG